GGCUCGCGGGGCGCCGCUCCGGGUGAGGCGUCCACCAUGGUGAGGCCCCUGAGCCGCUGCCCGCGCGCCCCGCCGGCCGCCACCGCCGCCGCCCGCCGUCCCUCGGAGCCGCCGCUGCCUCUGCUUCCCCGCCUGCCGUUGCUCCUCCAUCUCCAGAUCGGAUCACGGUGAGGGAAAGAUGAGCGAGGAGACGGCGACUUCUGACAACGAUAAUAGUUAUGCACGAGUGCGAGCUGUGGUGAUGACCAGAGAUGACUCAAGUGGUGGAUGGUUGCCACUUGGAGGGAGCGGGCUAAGCAGCGUCACUGUCUUCAGAGUCCCUCACCAGGAAGAGGAUGGCUGUGCUGACUUUUUUAUCCGUGGAGAGCGACUCAGGGACAAAAUGGUGGUUUUGGAAUGUAUGCUUAAAAAAGACCUCAUCUAUAAUAAGGUCACUCCCACAUUCCACCACUGGAAGAUCGAUGACAAGAAGUUCGGCCUUACCUUUCAGAGUCCUGCUGAUGCUAGGGCUUUUGACCGAGGCAUUCGAAGAGCUAUAGAGGAUAUAUCUCAAGGGUGUCCAGCAUCAAAAAAUGAGGCUGAAGGAGCAGAAGAUGAUUUACAAACAGCUGAAAAGGACACUUCAGGUUCUCUCGUGAAAGAUCACCUUUUCCAGCAAGAAACAGUUGUCACCAGUGAUCCUUACAGAAGCUCAAACAUAAGACCAUCACCCUUUGAAGAUCUGAAUGCCAGAAGAGUCUACUUGCAAAGCCAAGUCAAUCAGAUUCCUUUCAGCCAGCCAGGCCUAGACCUUCAGAGCCGAAACAUGGAGUAUGUACAGCGGCAGAUGUCCAAGGAGUGUGGAAGCCUGAAGUCCCAAAACAGGGUCCCUUUGAAGUCAAUCAGACAUGUCAGCUUUCAAGAUGAGGAUGAGAUUGUCAGAAUAAAUCCUCGAGAUAUCUUAAUACGUCGGUAUGCGGACUAUAGACAUCCUGACAUGUGGAAAAAUGACUUGGAGAGAGAUGAUACUGACUCCACUAUUCCGUUUUCUAAACCAGACAGUAAAAAAUCAGACUAUCUCUAUGAUUGUGGGGAUGAACCUAAGUUAAGUUCGCUGAAAGACUCUGUGGUAUUUAAGACACAGCCUCCCUCAUUAAAAUUUAAGUCAAAACGAAGGAAAGAGGAUGGUGAACGUUCUCGCUGCGUGUACUGCCAGGAAAGGUUUAAUCAUGAAGAAAAUGGCAGGGGAAAAUGCCAGGAUGCUCCAGAUCCUAUUAAAAGAUGCAUAUAUCAAGUUAGCUGCAUGCUUUGUGCAGAGAGCAUGUUGUAUCAUUGUAUGUCAGACUCAGAGGGAGAUUUUUCUGAUCCUUGUUCAUGUGACACUAGUGAUGACAAGUUCUGCUUACGAUGGUUAGCCCUGGUAGCUCUGUCUUUCAUUGUACCAUGUAUGUGCUGCUACGUCCCUUUGAGAAUGUGCCAUCGCUGUGGUGAGGCGUGUGGGUGCUGUGGCGGGAAGCAUAAAGCUGCCGGGUGAAAGAAUCCAGGGCCAGAAGGAGCUUAAAAUCUUCCUUUCCAGGAAUUAGCUAACUUGGAUUUGUGGAAGCUUUUGGCAAGCAACAUGGAAUCUUGCCUGGUGUCAUUGGGGUCACACGUGGAGGAAGCGGAACUCGUCAGUUCUUGUCAUUUUACAGAUGCUAGCCAUGCCUAACGUUUCCCUUGAGUGCAUGGCAUGUUCUGUGACAGAUCGUAGAGCUUUUGCAGAAGGAAGCCAUUUCUGGUUAUUGACUACAAAAGGUCAGCAUAAAAUACGAGCCAACUAAAAGGGAUUAAUUUUGGCAUUUUUAUAUUUAUGCAUUAGAUGAUGGGACUUUCAAAGGUUUGAAUUCUUUAGAACAUGAACUAAAAAGUGCACUAAGGGACAGUUGAUUUCAAUAUAAGAAAAGUUAACACUUGGGAAUUAAAAGCAGUAAAACAAGUGCAACUAAAUCAUUUAUUAGUUGUUUUUCAAAGCAGUUUUAUGUAUAAAUAACAAAUGUUUAUAUUUAACUAAAUGCAAGGUACGAAUUAUUACAUAUUAAACUUUUCUUGCCCUUCCUAGUUCUGAGGUAGAUAUACAUAUAUCUGCCAUCACAUUCCAUAUAUUUUGAAUUUUAACUCAUCUAGUUAAUAACAUUUAUAUUCCAUGUGAAUGAUUUGAUAUUUCCAUCCUCAUUUCUCUUUGGCUACAGUUUAUAUUGAGUUCUCUCUGUACAUUCUGGUAAUCUAAAAUCUUUAAAAAUACUCUAAUAGCCUUGAGUGACCAACUUUUUUUUAAGCACAGAUGUAAUUGUCUAAUGUUUUGAGGGGAAUGUAACACUUAUUUUUAUAUAAAGAGACUGAGUAAACA